AUGGGCCAUACCGAGACGACGCUGCUGGAACGCAGCGAUCGGGUGGGGGGCAAGUCACUGACCAUCUACCUGAAUGAGCAUGGCGAGGAGUGCGAGCAGCAAAUGGAUGCCUCGGGGAAGGUGGACACGGCGUCCUGCGUGGCCCACGAGAUGGGCACCUGUUUCCUGCACAACGGCUACCACAGCAUCCGUGAGCUCGUGGAUGAGUACAAUCUGACGCAUGUGGUGCCGCCCGAGGGCCGGGCCAUGUUCUCGCACUUCUCGACCGACAGGUCCCAAAUCCCCACGCCGGCUCAGAUCGGAAGCAAGUUGAAGGUGAUGGUUGCGCUGCUGCGAGCAGUGAAGAAGUACAACACGCUGCACAAGGAGAUCUUCGGCGAAGUGGAGUUCUCUAUGCCUCACAGGCUGAGCAGAGAGACGCUGCAAAGGAUCAACAUGACCUUCUUGGAAUUCCUGCAAUCCAACGACCUGUACGCCUUGAGCGGCUUCUUGAUGUUUGCGCAUGCCGCCCAAGGCUACGGCUAUGUGACCACCAUCCCAGCCUUCUACGGGCUUUGGUGGAUCACCCCGGAGCUUUUGAACGGCUACAUGCAGAUGAGCUUCCGGGAGGAGUUGGAGAAAUUCUACGACCCCAAGAGCGAGUUCUUCCAGCAAAUUCGGGGCACCUGGGUGCGUGCCGUAGUGACCGCCAUCGUCGGAGGCGCCGCCGAUGUGGUGAAGAGGACCACCACCAUGCUGCCCGAAGGAUACCAAAAGAUUUGGACCACCAUUGCGGAGAAGGACGGCUUGGAUGUCCGCUAUGGGGUCGAGAUUUUGGACCAGGGCAUCGACCGGCAGCUGGAUGAUCCCUCUGCGCCUGUAAGAAUCAAGUACCGCCAGAAGGGCAAGAACGAGGUGAUCGAAGAGGAGUACGACUUUCUGAUUUACAGCGCCCCUCAUGCGCAUGCCAAGAACUUUGUGAAGGAUGUGGCCAUUCAAGAAGAAAGCAUUUUCUCAAGCCUGAAAAGUUUCGUCCUGGCUACCACGCUGUAUUCAAGUGAGCCAGUUCUGGACUACACUGACUCAGCGAGGCGACCGAUCAUGUACGAAGCAGACAAGAUGUCUGGGCCAAGUCACGAUGGUUCCUGGUACGCUGACCGCUGGGAUGACUUGAUUUUCGGGCAGCCGAUCCCUGGCCGUCAGACGCGGGUGGGGUAUCAGUUCUAUGAGAACUAUUGCCAGGGCGGAGAUAUGAUGUGCAACAGCGACCGCACGCCCAACGAGGGCGGCGCCAUGGAGUCCUCGGAGCGGGCGCUGCGGCAGUUCAGGGGCGAGUUGGAGCGGCAAAAUGUGAGCGGCGUGAACACCUUGCGUCAGUACCCCUGGCCGUACUUCCAUCACUUCCCACAGGAAGCAGUUCAAGAAGGCAAGGUGUGGGACCUUUUGGAGAUGCAAGGCCAGCGCAAGACUUGGUGGAUCGGAGCCAGUGCCUGCUUCGAGUCCGUGCACGACGUGACCAAUUACAACCUGAUGAUCUUGCGCAAAUACAUGGGCGCCAAGAUUAUUCAGGGCAUCGCUAUGGGCUGA